CGAACACAUCUUUCAGCAUUAGAGGUGAUCAAUUGCUAGUGCAAUGGGUACCUCAAGCCACCACCCAGGGCAUUGGCCUCCACUACUUUUUGCUCUGGUUUUUUGCAUCAUAGCUACUAUUGUUGCUGCCACUCAUGAGCCUUACAUUUAUGCUUCUCCACCGCCACCAUAUCAUAAACACUUACCACCAUUGCCACCAAAGUAUGGAGGCCAUCCACCGUAUUACUACAAGUCGCCUCCUCCCCCACCACCUUCUCCAUCACCGCCUCCUCCUUAUGUCUAUAAAUCACCCCCACCCCCACCGCCAUCUCCAUCACCCCCUCCUCCAUACGUUUACAAGUCUCCACCUCCCCCAUCUCCCUCUCCUCCACACCUGUAUGUCUAUAAAUCACCACCACCUCCAUCUCCAUCACCCCCACCAACUUAUGUCUAUAAGUCACCUCCUCCUCCUUCACCAUCUCCUCCACCACCAUACAUUUACAAAUCACCUCCCCCACCAUCGGCAUCGCCACCUCCUCCUUAUGUUUACAAAUCACCACCGCCACCUUCUCCAUCACCCCCUCCUCCUUACAUUUACAAGUCCCCUCCUCCACCAUCUCCAUCGCCUCCUCCUCCUUAUGUUUAUAAGUCACCUCCCCCUCCCUCACCAUCACCACCUCCACCCUACGUCUAUAAAUCUCCACCACCACCCUCACCGUGUCCUCCACCUCCUUACAUUUAUAAAUCACUACCACCACCAUCACCAUCACCUCCUCCUCCAUAUGUCUAUAAAUCUCCACCACCACCCUCAUCGUCUCCUCCACCACCUUACAUUUACAAAUCGCCUCCCCCACCAUCUCCAUCAUCCCCUCCUCCAUAUGUUUACAAGUCACCUCCACCUCCCUCACCAUCACCUCCUCCCCCUUAUAUCUAUAAAUCUCCACCACCACCCUCACCGUCUCCUCCACCUCCUUACAUCUAUAAGUCACCACCACCACCAUCUCCAUCACCUCCACCUCCGUAUAUGUACAAAUCAUCUCCACCUCCAUCUCGAUUCCCACAUCCUCCAUACUACUACAAGUCUCCUCCACAGCCUCCAACCCACUGGCCACAUCCUCCAUACUUCCAUAAGUCACCUUAUCCACCAUCCAAGUCUCCUCCUCCGGCAUCUCACUGGCCACAUAUUCCACCAUACCUCCGUAAAUCACCUCCUCCAACAUCCAAGGCUUCCCCAAUCCCAUAUUAUUACAAAUCACCACCACCGCCAAAGGGCUAUUAAAUCUCAAUCAAACCCCUGAAUCAGUUUGAAUUGUUACACGAAUAAUCACUUUCCUUGGAUUUUAUGUAUGCAUGGUAUAGAUCAAGUUUUCAGCAUUGUAAUUUUUUGUUUGUUGCAUGUUUUAUAAUUGAUGAACAAGAGUCCUUAUCAGCAAUAAGGGUCUGAAACGUACGUACGAGAUCCUCUGUGAUCCAUAAGUACGAAGAACCAGUACUGUAAUUUUCUUCCAUUAUAUAUAAGCAAUGUAAUUAGCGCGCGCGGAAUCAUGUGGUCAAGUCCUGAAAGGAUCAAUUCUAUAUAAUGUAUCGAUCUCAUUGCUAUUUUGCAUGCAUCACUAAAUCUAAUUAAUAUUCAGUAUAUCAUUGUUAAUACCGA